GUGAAACUUUCAAUCGUGACUGACUUGCGUCUGGAUUUUCGUGACAUCUUGAAUUAUGGUUUAUUCCUUCCCCCACAAAAUGGGAAGGCGGGAAAAUUUUUGCAAGAAGAUAGACUGCUGAAGGACUACCCAUUUUCUGAUUCUGUUGGACAUCUGGAGUUAAAAUAUAAACAAAGAAUAUAUAGAAAUCUGCCGGCAAACUUAAGUAAGCUUCGGAAGAUUAACUCAAAGUCGAAUUUGCGUCAUUUUCUCUCGCUUGUGCGCUAUGGUGAAUUAGAAAAAAUUACAAAACUUCUCGAAAAAGGUGUUGACCCCAAUUUUCAAAAUCGUGAUGAUGGAGAAACUCCUCUAACUAUUGCAGUUCAGCUUCCGAAACCGAAGGCAAUCAUAAUGACUCUGGUAGCUGGCGGUGCUCAUUUAGAUUUUCGCUCUGCUGACAGUUAUACUCCCUUACACAAAUCAGCAAUUAGUGGCAAUUACGAAGCGAUUAAAGUGCUUCUCGAUUUGGGUCAGUCACCGAACACCCGGGAUUCCAAUGGUCUCACACCGCUUUACCAUUGCAUGCUGAACGACACCUCCGCAAUGUGUGCCGAGCGCCUGCUCUUCGACCACUCGGUAAUCGGCAUCACCGAUAGUGCCGGCCUGGAAGAAAUACACCAGGCUUGCCGUUUCGGCCGCGUUCAGCAUCUGGAGCAGCUGAUAGCCUACGGGGCCGACAUCAACAGCCAGACGACGUAUAACGGCAACACACCACUCCACUUCUGCGCCUACAACGGCCAGGAGUCGUGUGCGCGCCUCCUUCUCUUCCGCGGUGCUAAUCGGACCCUGAAGAAUCGCGCCGGCCACUCCGCCUAUCAGGAGGCCGUUUUGGCCAAUCACGUCGCCACUGCCAACCUCAUUAGGGAUUUUCAGGAUGAGGACAUCGGUAUGGACGCCUUUUGCGUCACCAUCCACAACCGGUUGCAUAAACUAGCUUAUUUCAACAUGAGUCGAAAUUUUGAAAAAUUUGAAUGUUUGCCGUCAAGAGCGGUGGUUGAAUUAAUUACAGAAAUGGGCCUGGCGGUCGGGGUCCCUCAAAAGAUUCAAGCUUGUGUGAAGUUUUUCAAGUUUGCCGAUUGUAACCUCAUUUCAUGA